AUGUUGAUCGCGUCCGCGCCGCCGCAGCUCCCACUUGGCCCAUACCAUACACAACACAGCGCCUUACACGACCUCGAGUUUACUGGUGUCCUUCAGCCAUGGCAGGGCUUUUUGAGCUCUGUGCAGACGGCACACCAGAAUUACACUUUUCGCAGUCAGACCCUAGCCCUGACACUUAAGACACGAGACCCUUAUGCCCAGGGAAAUGUCGAAAUUGGUGAUGAACAUGGUCUUCUAGGCCGUUUCCACAAGCACUUUGGCGACGUGCUCAACUCUGUCUUCACAUCACACUCAACCGGAAUACGCUUUGCAGAGUUCAAAUGCGUACAGUCUACCUUCAGUGGCACACCUGAUGUGAUCCUGAAGGACGACAAUCACCAUGUGAAGGUCGCUGGAGAGCUCAAGGUGCCAUGGAUUGCGGAUCACUGGCCAGAAGAUAAAUACAACGACAUCGACCAGCUAAGGAUAAUACUUGCUCAGCCGAUCAAGUAUAUGCAGGGGCUAGGGUGUGUGUAUGGAUUUAUGAGCAACUACGAAGAGACAAUUUUUCUCAGACAGCUAGUGGAUAGCCAAGGGGCAUGGAGGAUCGAGUAUUCUCCCGUGGUCCGGUGGUCUGACACUUACGACAGGCACCGGACGAAUCCCCAUGCUGUCUCCGCUAGGCAAUGUUUCUUUUAUGUAGGGUGCGAUGCGUUGAAUCAUGGAGUAGUCAACAACACCACGCCGAGAUGGGUUAUGCCGAGAUAG